AUGGACACAUUCAAAUUCCCUCCCCCCCCAACUGAUACACCCGACCAAUGGAAUGAUGAGACCGAGAUCAGACUCAAAACAGCGAGCAAAGUUCAUUAUUUCGUCUCCAGACUGUGGCCUGAGCCUUGUGGUGCGCUCUUUCUCAGCGAUGGCAGCCCAUGGGACUGGCCAGUGCAGAUGUUCACCAUGGAGACCAAAGACGCCAAUUUACCCCUUCCAGAUCCAUUCCUACUCCGAACGCACUACCGCAUUGCAGCCGCCUUGCAUCUAUUCCAUGUUGAAGAACGAAUUGCUGAGGACUGGACCUCGCCUCCGUUGUUCCAGUUGAAUGCAACGACACAGAAGACAUUACGCUCUCUCUGGCAUCUCGUGCCCAAAUGGAUACGUGUCAAGUGCUACCGCGUGCUCCUGAAAUUAGGCAGUUACCUCUACCCGCGGUCUUUCACCGGCCUCGUGCACCGGCUGCCGUUCGGACUGUAUGCGAAACAAUGCAAUCGCUCUGAUCGUAAUGAAGCUGAGGCAUUGCAGCUGGUGGAACAGUACACUUCGAUCCCAGCACCCCUCUGGGUGGAUGAAUACCAGGGGAGCAGGCACCCCGUUCUUAUCAUGACGGCCGUGCCUGGACAAACGCUAGGGGCGGUCUUUCACCGUCUCUCAUACUCGGAGCGCGAACAGCUGUUGAAAGACUCGAAGAGUGUUUUGUCGCAGCUGCGGUGCGUUCCGAACCAGACCUCGUACCUCUUCUGCAACAGUCAUGGCGGCCCGCUGAAGGACCAUCGUUUUCCAUCGGGCACAUGUGGUCCAUUCAACCUGCUUUCUGAAUUCAACGCCUUCCUAGUCCACCGCUACGUGCGUAAGGAGACAAAGGACAAGAUUGCAGCCGUCCACGCCCGUCCAUAUCGGUCUGUGUUCACCCAAGCCGAUCUCCACCCCAGCAAUAUCCUUAUUGAUCAACGAUUCCCGGAAAUUCAGCAGAUAAUUCGCGAGGCAUUCGCAGAGGAUGACUAUCAAGAGAAGGUCGAGGCCGAGACGCUACUAUGGAAUGACACGCCAAUCGGUGUAUAG